AUGAAGGAAGACUCUCCUGUCCCUCCCGAUAUAGAUGGCCAACCGUCUACCUCUGCAACUGCCCAAUCCGGACUUUCCGGCCGCUCGUCGCCCAUCCGACACGCCGGCCGCAUCCAACCGUCGCCCGGCUCACUAAGCAACGCGUCGGCUUCCUCCAAAGCAAACACGAACCCCCUCACCACCAGCAAUACCUCCUCCUCUGCCGCCGCUUACGCAACAAGAGAGAAGAAUGGUCUCGAACGUGCCUCCACCGGUCCUAUCGCAGGCUCUCGUGCUACUCGCCACGAUGACCGCAGCGCUCCCCGUUUCCCGCAUGGCCUCGAUGGCCGCUCCGUCAGCGGCUUGUCCAGCAACAACCUCUCCUCUGUCGCAUCACCGCAAGACGAGGGGCAGGGGCCUGUCCUAGACACAAAGGAACACGGUCUCGAUAACCUCAACCGUCAAGACACUGACGUCAUCACCGGCAGUCAUGUCAGCACCAACAUCAAUCAGCCUCAAAGCCGGACCUUGAUGCAGGAGGCUCGUAGAAGCUUUUGGCUCGUUGUCACCUACAGUUGGAUGAACCUUUUGCUCAUCUUUGUCCCCGUCGGCAUCAUCGUUGCCAACAUUAAAGGCAUCAACGGCGGCAUCGUCUUUGCCAUGAAUUGCAUUGCCGUCAUCCCUCUCGCCGGUCUUUUGAGUCACGCUACCGAGUCUGUCGCCUCCAAAAUGGGAGACGCUCUCGGGGCCCUGCUCAACAUUACCUUUGGUAAUGCCGUUGAGCUCAUAAUCUUCAUCAUUGCCCUUUCCAAGAACGAGAUUCGCAUUGUCCAGGCCUCUCUCCUCGGCUCCAUUCUGGCCAAUCUGCUCCUAAUCCUCGGUAUGGGCUUCUUCCUCGGCGGCCUGCGCUUUCGAGAGCAAGUCUAUAAUAGCACCGUCACCCAAAUGAGUGCUUGCCUCCUCAGUUUGAGCGUCAUCAGCCUGGUCCUUCCUACAGCCUUUCACGCCUCCUUCAAGGAUGAUAACCUAGCCAACGAGCGCUCCCUCAAGAUCAGUCGUGGCACUAGUGUCAUCUUGCUCAUUGUCUACAUCAUGUACCUGCUCUUCCAGCUCAAGUCACACGCAUAUAUGUACGAGUCGACGCCCCAGCACAUUGUAGAUGCUGAAGCCCUUCCUGGCCCUGCUGCUGGCUGGCUCAACUCGUCCAGCUCCGACGAGAGCUCCUCGUCCAGCUCCGAUUCAGACGACUCGAGCCGCUCCAGAUACACUGUCCGCAAGAAGAUGCGCAAGGUUCUUCGCCCCCGACGCCGUACCAAGUCCUCUACCACUUCCCAGGAUGGCUACGACAAGGACGGCCGCUCUUCCUCCAUCGCAACCAAUAACACUGGCAGUCCUCAAGACGACGCCGGACAUGCCGAAACAUCGUCGACCAAGCCCCCCUUUUUCUCCAGAAUGUCUUCGUCGGAGAAUGCAGAAGAGGCCAUUGAGGAAGACGAGGUCCCGAGGAAGCAUGGUAAAGAGCGUCGUCAUAAGCAUCGUUCAGGCAAGAGACGCCGCAGGUUCUCCUUCCGCCGCGAGAGUCUGCCUGGCGACGGUCAGCCUGUAGAGAACGGUACUCUGCCAGCACAACACAACAACGAGCCCAAGCGCAUUGACUUUGCACUGGCCAAAGACGGUCCGCCCACGGCUGAGGAGGAUCACGUCCCGCCCCUCCCCUCUAGCGACGGUGCUACUCACACGCAGCAGCAGCAACCUGGAGCGACGAAGCGUCCUACUUUUCAGGCUCUUCGAACCAUCUCUGUUCGCAAUCUUGCUCCUAGCGUCUUUGUUCAGAAGCCUGAUCCUACCGAUUUGUUUCCUGCCGCCGCUCCUGGUCCCGUUCCCCGCGUUCGUUACGGUAUUCGCCGCACCAACUCGCUGCCGGACAGGCUUUCUCAGCCGCAGCAAUUUGUGCGUGCUCCUGGUGCCUUCUUUCCCGCACAAGUCCCUCUGUCAACUUUCCGCACCGGCACUGUUCCUGCCGCCAUCGACUCCGAGGUUGACGACGAUGGCCAUCUUACCAAGUGGGCGGCCGUUGUUCUGCUUCUGAUCACAACCGGUCUGGUCGCCGCCUGUGCCGAGUUUUUGGUUGAUUCCAUCAAGGACGUCACUAGCGACUCGUCAAGUGUGGGCGAAAUCUUUAUUGGUCUCAUCAUUCUUCCGAUUGUUGGCAACGCCGCCGAGCACGUCACUGCCAUUACGGUGGCGAUGAAGAAUAAAAUGGAUCUGGCUAUCGGCGUCGCUGUUGGUAGUUCUAUUCAGAUUGCCCUGUUUGUCACGCCACUGAUUGUCAUUCUGGGCUGGAUCAUGAAUCGCGACAUGACGCUGUAUUUUACGCUGUUUGAGACGGUUUGCCUCUUUGUGUCGACUUUCAUCGUCAACUUUCUUGUUUUGGACGGUCGGAGUAACUAUCUCGAAGGAGCGUUGCUGUGUGCCGUCUAUGUGAUUAUUGCCGUCGUGGCAUUCUUUUAUCCAAACCCCAAUGAAGCGAGCAGCUGGGGCGCUUAA